AUGACUCCGGAAUUUCAAGCGUUAUCGAAACUAUCAGAUAUUGUAAGAAACAUUGAUCAGCACACUAAUGAAGAGAUUUUAGGCCUUGUUAACGAUUGCAUUGAAAAAAAGAUAAUUACUGAAUAUUAUCUUUUGUUUUUAAUUGAUAAACUCACAACAUACAAUCAAAUCGCGCUCAAGAAAUACAUUCCAUUGAUUGAUGCCUACACAAAUGGAAAGAAAUUCAAUAUUACAAAACAUAUGUUUUAUAAUUACAUCCUAACAAAGUAUUUGACGGAAGGCGUAUAUGACGAAUCAUAUGCAUUCUGUUUGGAUGAUGUCAAUUCAGUUGUGGCUUACGAUGAUAUCGAAAAAUUACGAAAUAUUUCAAUAAGUCCAAAUUUCGAUCCAUCAAAAUACCUCGAAUUUGCUACAAAAUACGGUUCUAUUUCAUGUUUCAAGUUCCUUAUUAAUAAUUGUGCAUGCGAAGUUUCUGAACAAGCUGUUCAGUAUGCAUUUGUUGGAAAUAAUUUAGAAAUUAUUCAUAUUUUAGAAAGAGAUUAUCCUGGCUUCAUUAACCAAAGAUGCCUUGACUUAAGUUUAGCUAACCAUCAUCACGAAACAAGCCAAUACUUGAUUGAUAAAUAUGAUUUCAAAAUUACUUUUCAUUUCUCUUUAUGUUAUUACAAUUUUGGUUUCUUUUUCAAAUUGUUUGACACAUUAGGAGUGAAUAGUCUUGAUAGUUCUGGUGAUAAUCCUCUUAAAGCAGCCGCAAUGAUGCAUUGCCCAUUUGUUUGUCACUAUCUUAUUGAAAAAGGAGCUGAUGUAAAUAUGAAUGAUAGUUAUGGAAGAAAUGCACUUCAUUUCGCUAUUCACCAAGAGAUAUUUACUGGUGAUGAAGCUUUUGAAACUAUAGAUUUACUCGUUAAGAAUGGCUCUGAUUUGAAUUCUAUUGACAGAGAAAAUAAAACAAUUAUUAUGUACUGCGCAAUGGAAAAUCAAUUUAAAUGUGCAAGGUAUUUACUAGAAAGAGGAUGUUUGAUUGAUCAUGUUGAUUUGGAAGGAAAAUCGGCUUUGAUUCUCGCAACAUUUUAUGGAUAUCCAGAAGUUGUGAAAGUAUUACUCGAAUACAAUAGUAGUAUAUAUAGCGGGUUUUGUGACUUUUUUUGUAAACGUAAGAAUUCAUACAAUAUAGAACGAUUUUGUAUCAUUUUUUUUAACAUAUGA